AUGACUAAUAUGAUGAUGAAACUGGUUAUGGUAGACCCGAGCAAAUCGCGGUCAGACAAGGUACGGUCGAACACUUUCCACCAUUUCAAAAAUGGGGGAGGUCAGGAAGACGAGCAUGGUGCAUCAACCGCUGGAACAACAAGCUUGGGGCUUUACCGGGAAAAUCCUGGCACGAAUAAGGAUCCAUUGGUAUGGCUUGAGAACGGGGAGCAAGAGCCCUCUAAAUCUCUUGUUUUCCACAACUUUCUACCUAAUGAAAAGCCAAGUUUUAACGAGAAGACUGCCCUAUGCGAUGAAAAGACGGACAAGUCCCUUUCCACCCGGAAUGUCCAGGAGGGUAGUGACAUUUCCCAAGAAGUAGACUCGAAUUUGGUUAGUGAUCGACUGGGAGAUUCUUUGAUAAUCAAAGUCGAUCCGAAAUAUAACUCCUUCAAUACAAAUGUUGUGGCAAAUACAACUAGUCACGGGAACAACGCUAAUAUUAACAAGCACAGUCAUUACCACCACCACAUUCACCAAGGCAACAGUAAUACUGGCAGUAAUACUAAUAGCAGUCGGCGCACUAACAACGAAAUCUCAAUUAGUUUUAACAAUACUCAACUGACAUCUGAUGGGAAGUUAUCGAGAAAACUCACGUUUGUGAAAUCCAUACCGAAACAGAACUCAGGGGGUGAUAAGUUAUACAAGAAUCCUAAGAGUAUGAGAUUGGCGGAAACCGCUCCGAGGGAAAGUACCCAUAGACACAUGUUCUUUAAUCAAUCGCCUACUAAAAACACGCUUGCUUCAGAUCCGAUAACCACAAAACCUCAAAUUUUCAAUCUUCACAACUACUCUAAGGGCAACCAACCGGUCAGUGAAGCUUCUCUGAAUAAAACACAUCCCGUAAUAGAUACCAAAUUUCAUGUUACCUCGAGAGCAGGGAUGAAAGGAUCCAAUGAGGGAAAUUUGGACAAUAAUAAAAACAACCUCUUGGGUAAGUUCAAUGCAAGUACGAAAGUUAAACUGAACAAAUCGCAGCCUUUACCCCCCACCAUAAGUGGAUACUCAACGUUCACCUUUAAAGUCGACCUACGAGAUGGCGAAAGUAAUGGCUAUGAACACUUCAGCACCAAUUCUAAUCCACAACUCAAAAAUUAA